CCUCCUGCCUGUGCCAUUUCCUCAUGAACCAUGCCGCCCCGUCCUCGACCUUGUUGUACCGCACCUACCUCCGGGUCCUUGGCGCUCUCUUUCCAUGUACCCCCUUCCUUUUCGUCUCCCAUGUUGAAGGCCACGAGGUCCUCUCCUAGACGAGACACCCAGCCGCUCUCCUGCCCGCCCCGGUAUCCCACGCCCUCCGCCAUCGCUCCUACCAGCAUGCGCUUGGGGAGGCGGCUGUCCUCCAUGCGCAUAACAAAGCCCGCGAAACACAGUCUCCGUUUGCGCACGGUGGCCUCGAUGGUUUCCUCGCAGCCUGCUUGGACGAGGGCCUGGGCAUAGGGCAGGGGGCGGUCUGAGCGUUUCCGCUUGCUCCAGCCGAUGCACCGUGUAAAAGGAACUGGCGGUGGGUCCCAUUGAGCUUCGUCUUCGUGUAGUGCUCCGCUGUUAGGCUCCACGAGGCGCAUCCAUACAAGAGAGAAAGUCUCCACCAUUUCAGCCUGGAGUAGCCGGAUCUUGAGCUGGCGGUUGGACCGUCGCCUGUCGUACAUCGAAGCACUGUUCCGGCGGUAGCACUUCCACGCUCGGCAGCUGCGGCUCGUGAUCUCCCGGUCGGCCUUCCCGUCCGCGGAGAUGGUGCGUCCGAGGCCGGCCACGCGCACGAUGACCGACAUCAUCUUCUCGAGACUCUCCGGCGAGCGCGAGACGAUGGCCGCGUCGUCCGCGUAGAGCAUGGCCCACAAGGCCUCCGCGUCCGUCACCACCGUCGUCUUCUUCCCCGCCGACCUGCCCUUCAUGCCCGUGUACUUCACUUGUGUCCCGAUCUUGACCAUGUCCGCCGUCACCUUGGGGUCCUUGUCGGACUCGGCCACGGUGACCAUGAGAAUCGCGGCAAAGAACACGUUGACCAGCAGCGGGGCCAGGUUGCAUCCCUGACGG